GUUUUGCUUAUGAGAGUUUUAAAAAAUUUCUGUCCAUACCUUACAAAAUUAAUUUCUUUGGAUUUUAUACCUAAUCAUACCAGACUAGAGGAAUGCAAACAUUGGGACUACCCCGAAGAACUGCCUAGCACUAGUGUAAUCAUAGUUUUCCACAAUGAAGGUUUAUCAGUACUGAUGAGAACAGUUCAUUCUGUAAUAAAUCGAUCUCCUCCAAAUGCUUUGAAGGAAAUUUUAUUGGUAGACGACUUUAGUGAUAAAGAAAAUUUGAAAUCAAAACUUGAAAGCAAUAUUAAUGAAUUUAAAGGAAAAAUUAGACUUAUUAGGAAUAGCCAAAGGGAAGGUUUGAUUAGAACCAGGUCUAGAGGAGCACAAGAAGCUAGAGGAGAAGUUAUUGUUUUCCUAGAUGCUCACUGUGAAGUAAACACAAACUGGUUACCCCCACUUCUUGCCCCUAUACUGAGAGACCACAAAACAAUGACAGUUCCCGUUAUAGAUGGCAUCGACCACAAAACCUUUGAAUACCGUCCGGUAUACGGAGAAGAUCGACACUUUAGGGGCAUAUUUGAAUGGGGAAUGUUGUACAAAGAAAACGAAGUGCCUCAUAGGGAAUUGAAGACGAGGAAGCACAAUAGCGAACCGUACAAGAGUCCUACUCAUGCGGGAGGAUUAUUCGCUAUUAACAGAGAGUACUUUUUGGAAUUGGGAGCUUACGAUUCAGGUCUGUUGGUUUGGGGCGGGGAAAACUUUGAGUUAAGUUUUAAGAUUUGGCAGUGUGGUGGUAGCAUAGAAUGGGUUCCAUGUUCCAGAGUAGGUCACGUUUAUCGAAGUUUCAUGCCUUAUAACUUCGGAAAAUUGGCACAGAAAAAGAAGGGACCUCUAAUAACGAUUAAUUACAAGAGAGUGAUAGAGACGUGGUUUGAUUCAGACUAUAAAGAAUAUUUCUAUACAAGAGAGCCAAUGGCAAAAUAUUUGGAUAUGGGAAACAUCGAUGACCAAUUGGCACUAAAAAAUCGUUUGGGUUGCCACAGCUUCCAGUGGUAUAUGGAAAACGUGGCCUAUGAUGUGCUGGAUAAAUAUCCAGUACCACCGCCUAAUGUACACUUUGGAGAGUUAAGAUCUGUCGCAGCUUCAAAAUGUUUAGAUACUUUAGGAAAAGCUCCGCCGUCUUUGAUGGCCGUUCAGCAUUGCCACGGUUACGGUAACAACCAGUUGAUCAGACUGAAUGCCAAAGGUCAACUUGGGGUCGGGGAAAGGUGCGUUGAGGCGGACGGCCAAGGAGUGAAAUUGACAGUUUGUCGACUGGGAACUGUCGACGGGCCGUGGAUAUACGACGAGAAUACUCAUACGAUGUAUCAUAGGGUUCACAAAAAAUGCAUGGCGCUACAUCCGCAAAAUUCCCACCUCAGUCUGAUGCCCUGCGAUAUCAACAACGCUUACCAACAAUGGUUGUUCAAGCAAAUCAAACCCAAAUGGUACGAAUAAACACCUUUAACGAUAACGGAUAUACGUAGGGUUUUUAUAAACUUGACCUAAAACUUUCAUUUUCAAAGUGAAGUGACUGAUUUUUUUAUAAGCAAUAUCUUUACGCUCGAAAAAAAAAUCCUACGUAAUAAAGAUAAAAAUUUUCUAGGUUAUGAAAAAUUUUACAUGAUUGGUUAUGUGAAUUCAUAACUAUUGAUGGCCUUCCACGACAUGUUUGGUACGUGUGUACUAAUUUUCUAAGUUUUUCCAAAAUAUUUUACCAAAAUGCAUAAAAGAAAAUCAAAUAGACUGCUAGUCAAACCAUUAUUUUGUCAUUGUCAUCAGCACGAACCAUUAUCGGAUAUGUAUAUAUUUUAUUUGUGUCGAUAUUGAUACUAAUACGAGGUUGUUUUGGUUGUUCUUGUCUUACCACAUAACAAGAACUGUUGGUGUUAUUUACCUAUUGCGUUGUUCUCUCUAGUUCGCUCUGUAAGUUCAUUAUAUGUCUCUUAAUAAUGCUCAAAUUUUCUUUAGUUAGAGGACCACACUUUUAGUAGUUUUAUUAAAAAGCCUGUAAGUCAUUUAAGACUAGCAUUUUUGGUCAAAUGUUCUUUACUGGUUUGCUUUAUGUAUUCGACCAAAAAGGUCUCAGUAAGAAACUCAGCAAUUGUCAGUCAAACUGGUUUUAAUCCCGGGAUUAAAGUUCGAAUGAAUAUUAUAUUUACAAUAUAUAAAAACCGGUGGUACAGGAUAGGAACGGGAUAACACUCAGCUCAAUCUUCAUGACAAGGAAGAAGCCCAAGUGUUAUAGACAGGAAACAUGAACUCUUUUUACUAUCGACUCAUCCAGCUAUAUGUCCAGCUCAUCACUUGUACCCGCGUCGUUAUUAAUCAAUUGCUGUUGUCUUAUUCAGAUCAGCAUACAGCAGCCUUCGUCUUUCAUUCAUUUGUUUGUCCUUAGCUACCAGGACUAUCAG